ACUUACAGAGGCGACACAAAAGGCGACGAAAAUAAUCCUUUCGCUUUCUUCAAAGGUUUUUUCCGUCGGAAAAAACUGGUUUGACGUUUGAGAGCUACUAAAAUUUUCUUUCCAAAUAAAGUUUCUCUUCUUCUUUUCAUCCCCCCCAUUUUUAAAGUCUUUUACAGUAAAGGGUAAGGGGGAGUGUGAUGGGAUCUUGUAUUUGCCCAUUGGAGACACCAGCAAGGCUGCUGUGGACUACUAGUUUCUUUCGCCACAAGCUCAUGAUCUUUUAAUUUUAUAGAAAAAGUAAAACACAGAAUUAAUCUCUGUGUUCAAAACAAUCUUUACUUGUUUCUUUUUACUCACGAAAUUCCGUCGCUAAAGAGUUUUUAGCACAAACACUUACAUACAACACAUAAGAGAAGUUAUAAAGAUGGAGUCCGGCCGUCUUUUUUUCAAUCCCUCGACCUGCAACAGCAACAUGUUGUUUCUCGGGAACACUGAACCCAUCUUUCGAGGAGCAAGAACGAUGCAUAGCAUGGAGGAAAACACAAAGAGGCGAUUGUUCUUCAGUUCACCGGAGGAUUUGUACGACGAGGAGUACUACGACGAGCAGUUGCGUGAGAAAAAGCGUCGUCUCACGUCAGAGCAGGUGUAUCUGCUAGAGAAGAGCUUCGAGUCCGAGAACAAGCUGGAGCCGGAGAGGAAGAACCAGUUGGCAAAGAAGUUAGGACUGCAGCCAAGGCAGGUGGCGGUUUGGUUCCAGAACCGCCGUGCGAGGUGGAAGACAAAGCUGCUUGAAAGGGAUUACGAUCUCCUUAAAUCUUCCCUUGAUUCCCUUCAGUCAAAUUAUGACUCUAUUCUCAAAGAAAAUGCCAAGCUCAAAUCUGAGGUAGCAUCCUUGACCGAAAAGCUACAAGCCAAAGAUGUGGCAACGGAAGCAAUAACAGGUCAAAAGUAUGAGUCCUUACCGGCCGAGAUGGUUUCCGCCCUCCAAUUCAGUGUGAAGGUAGAGGACCGUCUGAGCACCGGCAGCGUCGGGAGCACGGUGGUCGACGAGGACGCUCCGCAGCUAGUCAACAGGGGCGAUUCCUCCUACUUUCUGAGCGAUGAAUACCCCAGAUGCAUUGGCCCUAUCAAUGGGGUUCAUUCGGAGGAAGACGACGGCAGCGACGACAGCCACAGCUACUUCUCCAAUGUGUUCACGGAAGCCACAGAGCAGGAGCAGCAGCAUGAGGAGACAUUAGGAUGGUGGGUCUGGUCCUGAAGGAUCCUGCAAAAAAUAUAUAUGUAUACUGUUUCAUAAUAUGUCAUGCUUUAAGACAACAUAUGGAGAUGACCUAAAAGAAGAAGGGUGAUAUCAAAAGCCUGGUGUAUGGGGUAAAGUGAAUGAAUAACAUUUAAUCUAAAGUCAACGAAAUGGUAAUAAUCUUUGUUUAAGCUACACA